CCUCGAGCACGCCGAACAUCUGCGUCUGCAACAGCACCAGCACGCAGCCCUUGCCCUCAAGCCAAUCGACGCCGCGCUGACCGCGACCACCUGCACGGCCCCGUUCUGUGCACCUGGCCGCCACGCACCCUUCCGUGCGCCCUGGUGCUGUCGCGACUGCUGCUGGGCUCCCGGACGAGGCUCCUGCGCAUUGGCUAACCACCAGCUCAUGACGGCCGACGCCGCAGCGCCGCCAUUGCGCAGUGCACCCUCUCCACCACGGCAGCCUGCAGCACCAGAUCUGCCUCUGCCUUGCCCGACCAUGCACCCGCCCACCUCUCCCUCCACAGUCCAGGCAUCGCCCUCGGCGACGCCACAUCCCGCCUCUUUCCCACAUGGCGGUGCAAGGCACGUGAGGGCCAACGAUGCACCAAAGGCCCGCGCCCGCCUGGCUUGCUACCACUGUCGCAAGAGCAAGGUGCGAUGUGGGCCCAGCACCGGCGAGAUUGUCAGGCCUUGUCCUCAGUGUGUCAAGGGUUGCAAGACUUGCUUGUGGCCAGACGAUAACAACCCUUCUCCCAAUCCCGUGGUCAAGAGGACCGACCCUGCUGCCCACGAGGCCUCGCCCGACCACCGCCCAUCUGAAUCCAGGAAGCGCAGGAAGCCCCCGAUCACUUCUUUUGAAAAACUCUCCAUGGCAGAUGGCGACUUGAUCGAUCCCAACCGGAUCGAAGACGCCAUGUGGGACGAGCUGUACACCAUAUUCAGGCACCACUUCGCUACCGAACUUCCCUUUCUCCACGAAAUCACCUUCUUGAGGGACGUCAAACUAAAGGACAACCAGAAGCCGUCUCAUCGCUUUGAUGCGUUGCGCUAUGCAUUUCUGGCCCUCACAGUACCUUUCUACGAGGGCGUUGGACGCCAGUUGUUCCAGGACUCGCCCCGGACUGCUCGAAAAUGCGCCGAGGCGGCCGAGCGUCACAUCAACUUCUACGCUCUGUCCUCGCCUUCCAUAGAAAUUCCACAGGCUCUUCUGAUGCUGAGUCUUCGUGCACAUGGCGAAGGUCAAGGAUCAAGGAGCUUCAUGAUGCUUGGGAUGGCGGUCAAGACCAUGCAGCUCCUCAACUGUCAAUUUGAUCACGAACUCGUCGACAAGGAGAUUGACGACAAGAAGCGUUCCAGUACUAAACAAGCGGCGCGAGACGAGAGUGGGCAACGUUUUGUCAUGGAAGAGAUCAGACGCCGCACUUUUUGGAGCUGUUUCAUAGUCGAUCGAUACAUCAGUUCCGGCGACUACAAACCACGUAACAUAUCACUGGAGGACCCCUUGGUCUUGGUCCAAUUACCUUGCAGCGAGGAUAAUUUUGAUAUUGGCACCAAGACCAAGACAAGAAAGUUGCGAGAAUCGGACGAAGAUUUCAAGAGACGCGAAAAGAAAUAUCCCCACGACCAUCCAGAGGAUGCAAACGUUGCCUGGGAAGACGAAGAUAAACAGAGUCCACUGGUCUGGUUCAUCAAGGCGUUGGAUCUCUUUGGAGACGUCAUGAGAUACACGUGCACUGUGACGAGAAGGGCUGAACGCAAAUGGCCCUGGGACGAAAAGUCUGAGCACUGUAGACUCGACCAGAGAGUAGACGACCUCACAAGAAAGCUGCCAGCCGUUCUCAAGCUUACCCCGACGGUGAGGGAUGUUGCCAUGUCGCCUCCAUACCGUCGGCGAGCCACACCAUACAUCCUCCUGCAUUCGACGUUGCUUAUGUGUAAGAUAGCACUGCACCGAGAAUAUCUCCCAUACAUCACGCAUCCGAAAUCCACCCCUCAAGGUCCUACCGACGGACCCAAUUGUGAGGCACUUCAGAAAGCUUGUGAACGCGAGGACCCAGAUUUCUUCAAGGACAGUGCGAGGACCUUUUUUCAAGCUACGAAAAACGGUCUCGACCUCUUCACGUCUAGCAAAAAAGCCGGAACCUUGGUUGAAUCACCCUUGACUGCGUUCGUCAGUCAUUCCGUUACUUUCAACAUCAUGUGGUUAGCGUUCUUUCCCAACUUCGAUCAAGACGGCGUUCUAUGUCAAGGACAUGGUCGUCCGGACAACCUGGUCGUCGACAACUUCAAGGAUGCCUUUGCGAUCCUGCAUCAUUUGCAAGGGCGACUGAUCUUGGCACGUUCUUUCGGCAAACGACUGAAGAACCUGUUCAAUGAUCUCCUGAAGUGCAAGUCUCUGUGUACCAUCCCCGAGUCUCCAACGGAGAUGAAGGUUUCCCAUGGUCUCAAAGCGUACCUAGAGAUGGAGAACGACCACAAGGAAUUCGGCGACGAAGUCACAGAAACCGAUAAUGUGGCUUUCGAAGAAGCCCCUGAUAUUGGGAUUCUUGUCAAAGAGUAUCAAAAAGUGUAUCAAUCCGGAAACUCGACAGACAGCCACUAUAGCCCUAAUGCCACGAAGAGCGAAGUAAAGAACGAAGUCGAGACCCCUGUUGAGCGAGUACCAGAGCCACGCUCUACGCCUGCAGCCUCUCCCACUUUCACGUCCGUGAAUCAGGGAUAUGGCGUUUCCAGUCACACCUCUGUUCCUUAUCAGCAAUACUCGCCCAGCUACCAACCACCAUAUCAAUCGGCCGACCGGCCGUCAUCCAUUAGGGCAGCCCCUGAGCUUCAAUCGCACAGAGCUACGUACAGCCAUCCACCAGCUGUCACAGAUUCGAUCGCCCCCAGCACAGUGGAUCUUCAUCCCGGAGGGACUGCUUCCGUGAACAACUCCCUAGAACUUUACCCAGAACUACGUACCAACGGGGAUUAUACUCAAGGCCACGUUCUAGUAACCGAUAUUGGGUCUUGGACAGCAAACACCUUCUUGGACGAAUACUCUGCCCCACAACCAAUCUACUGGUCUACUUGGGGAGAUGCAGGUCAGGGCUCGUAGUGACUCCCCCUUAUAUGGUCGCCGUGGGACGGGACGCCUACUAUCAUGUCGUGCGAUUCUAGGCCAGAAGGC